AAAGAACCUUAACGUCAAGUCUUUCCCCCAUGCCUGGACAGCAAGGAGAUGCCACCGAAAACCAAAGGAAAAGGGAUGAAAGCUGCGACACAGAAGAAGAAAAAGAAUGUGGGUGCUGAUGUGGAGGCCAAAUCUGCACACCGGCUUGCAGUGCUGGAAAAGGAGUUGCUCCAAGACCACUUGGCUCUGCGGAGGGAUGAGGCUCGCCGAGCCAAGGCUUCUGAAGACCAGCUGAGGUGGAGGCUACAGGUGCUAGAGGCCGAGUUGGAAGAGGCCCGAAGUGAGGGGAAGGCCAUCUAUGCAGAGAUGAGUCGUCAGCGCAGAGUCCUGCAGAAGGAAAUGGAGACCCGCAGCAGGCAGCUGGAGGAAGAAGUGAGAGGCCUUCGGGAGCAGCUGGAGACGUGCCGGAGGGAGGCUGAAGCCUCAAGGCAAGGGGCAGAGCAGGCCCUCGGGGAGCGGGACCAGACUCUGGCUCAGCUUCGCGCACACGUGGCAGACAUGGAGGCCAAGUACGAGGAAAUCUUACACGGCAGCCUGGACCAACUCUUGGCCAAGCUGAGAGCAGUCAAGCCUCAGUGGGAUGGGGCCGUGCUGAAACUUCAUGCCAAGUACAAGGAGCGGCUCCACCAGUUCGGACUCAACCCCCUGGAUCUUUGAGGCUGUAAGCCUCUAGCC